AUGGGGGCUGGUGGACUCGAUGCCGGCGGGGUGCGUGUAUACUCGCGCACUGUGCGCACACACUCACCGAGGCCGGUGGCGAGCACGGGGCUGGUGGACUCGAUGCCGUCGGGGUGCGUGUAUACUCGCGCACUGUGCGCACACACAUUCACCGAGGCCGGUGGCGAGCACGGGGCUGGUGGACUCGAUGCCGGCGGGGUGCGUGUAUAUACUCGCGCACUGUGCGCGCACACUUACCGAGGUCAGUGGCGAGCACGAGGCUGGUGGACUCGAUGCAGGCGGGGUGCGUGUAUACUCGCGCACUGUGCGCACACAUUCACCGAGGCCGGUGGCGAGUACGGGGCUGGUGGACUUGAUGCCGGCGGAAAGCGUGUAUACUCGCGCACUAUGCGCGCACACUCACCGACGCCGGUGGCGAGCACGGGGCUGGUGGACUCGAUGACAGCGGGGUGCGUGUAUAAACUCGCACACUAUGCGCGCACACUUACCGAGGUCGGUGGCGAGCACGAGGCUGGUGGACUCGAUGCCGGCGGGGUGCGUGUAUAUACUCGCGCACUGUGCGCACACAUUCACCGAGGCCGGUGGCGAGCACGGGGCUGGUGGACUCGAUGA